UUUCGCACGCUCCCUCAUAAUUUAGUGCAUUGCUCUGCUCUGCUCUGCUCUGCUCUUAUCUUAUCUCUUGUUUUCACUCCAAUUCCAAUGGAUGCCCUUCAGGCCACCUACACAGAGGAUGACGACGAAGCAACCAACGCCUCCCCUUCUCCACCCUCGCCCGCUGCCGCCCUCGAUGUAGGACCCACCACAACCCCCACCAAAUUGCCUGAAAACGGAAUCAAGGAGGAGCCAGACGCCGCUGCCGUAGACCCCUCCGAAGAUGUUUCGUCUGAAGAAGCUUCCGUUUACGGAACUCCACCGCAAGCCCUAGACCCCGAUCUCCCCGAUUCGCGCAAUUCCCCAAAUCUCCCCUCUGAAUUGGAACUCCAGGGCAACGAAUUGGACGAGGAAGACCAUGAGCCCUCUCCUAAAAAGCAGAAGCACCUAUCCGACCUGCCGGAACCCCCCGCCGCCGCAAUUGAAAUCACGCAACCGCCCUCGACGGCCGACGCAGCCGCCCCUCCGCCACAGGACGGGAAGCCCCUCGCCCCCAAAUCGUCCGGCAAAAAAUCGAAGAAGAAGAGCAAGGACGUGUGGACCACCACCACUAGGAAAGGGAAGAAGAAGGCAAAGCAAGCCUCCAAUGGCAACCACAAUUCCAAAAAUCCUGUGAACGGGGCCGCCUUGGCUGAAGAUAGAGUGUUCAUAUCUCCAAUCCCUAGGUUUCCCGACAAAAACGACGAUGUCCCGGAGCUCGACAUCUGCCUCUCGAAGGUUUACAAGGCGGAGAAGGUUGAGCUGAGUGAGGAUAGAAUGAGUGCAAGCAGCACAAAGGGGUACAGGAUGGUUAGGGCUACGAGGGGCGUGACCGAAGGCGCGUGGUAUUUUGAGAUUAGAGUUGUGCAUUUGGGAGAGACAGGGCACACGAGGCUGGGGUGGUCGACUGAGAAAGGGGACCUGCAGGCCCCAGUUGGAUACGAUGCUAAUAGCUUUGGUUAUAGGGAUAUUGAUGGAAGUAAGGUGCACAAGGCCUUGAGAGAUAAGUAUGCGGAUGAAGGUUACAAGGAAGGAGAUGUUAUAGGUUUCUAUAUCAAUUUACCUGAUGGAAUGUCGUAUGCGCCUGACCCUCCGCGGUUGGUUUGGCACAAGGGGCAGCGCUACAUUUGUGCCCCCAAUGCUAAGGAGGAUGCACUAAAAGUUGUGCCUGGGAGUGAGAUAUCAUAUUUCAAAAAUGGUAUAUGCCAAGGGGUUGCUUUCACGGAUCUCUAUGGUGGUCGUUACUAUCCUGCUGCUUCCAUGUACACCCUCCCUAACCAACCACCUUGUGCUGUUAAGUUCAAUUUCGGUCCUGACUUUGAAAGGUUUCCUGAAGACUUUGGUGACCGUCCUUGUCCGAGACCUAUGGUUGAAGUUCCAUAUCAAAGUUUUGAUGACAGAGUUGAGAAUGGUAGUCCAAGGAAUAUUACUCGAAUGUCCCCUAUGUUCAAAGUGAUAAAAGAAGAAAAUAGUAAUAUUGACGAAGCUGCUGAAAUGUCUGGUUAAGCUUGAGCAUGCUCUGAGCUCGGUUUGAUUCAACUUGAAGUGAAGAGCUUCAAACACUGAUACACCCGGUGUUUGGUUGGCCUACGCGGUUAUACAUAGAGGUGCGUGUACUCGUGUAUGUGCCAUUUUCAAAAUUACCUCUUUUUGUUAUUUACUUUCUGAGCUCCUAGCUACAUAACGUGGAUUAAUCAUGUAUGGAAUAGUGUAAGACUUAGUAACUAAAUUGGAAGUAUUAAAGGAUUUUCACAUUUGCUGAUUAA